UACAAUAUACAACUUGUAAGAAUGUAGAUGAUAGGUACAAUGAAUAUGAUCCCACAAUAGCAAAUAACGUGCAUGUCGAAAGAUGUACAAAAAGACACUUCAGACAAUUAAAUUUUGGUUUUUAUUCGAGCAAAUAUUACUUUUUUAAAAAUGUAUCGUUAUUUAAUUUUAUUGUUCUUGUUUUCGUAAUGAACUCACUAAUAAAUUAGUUGCAUCUAGCAAAACACAAACGGAAAAUAUUAUUAUAAUUCUUAUCACGUUGUAACACUACAGAAAUGUUAGACCAAAAUGAGAAAAUAUGAAAAUGAAAACCUCCAUACAGACCGUUGACAAAUCGGACGAAGAAUAUAAAAAUAACAUUGCCAUAAAUAUUAAAUAUUUCCCUCAGAGAUGGGUCAUGGCCGCCAUGGCCACGUUGGGCCUGACAAUGACCAUGCUGAUGCGAGCCUCGCUGAGCGUCACCAUAACGCAGAUGGUGCUGGCGACCGUCAACAACGUUCAGUCGGCGGCCGACAAGGGAAAGUCCAUCUAUUGCCCGGUGCCGCCGUCGGUCAAGUUGGGUGAUGGCAACACCACCACCGUCGUGGAGAACUACGGCGACCGAUUCGACUGGGACCAGCCGACGCAAGGAAUGGUCCUGUCGGCGUUCUUCUACGGCUACAUCAUCACGCACAUACCGGGCAGCAUUUUGGCGCAAAAGUACGGCGGCAAGUACAUCAUGGGCCUGGGCGUACUCUGCUCGUCGGUGCUAACGUUGCUCACGCCGUUCGUCGCUCAUUUCGGUCCGACGCCGCUGAUGGCCUUGCGGUUCGUCGAAGGUCUCGGCGAGGGUUCGACUUUCCCGGCGCUUUGUACGCUGUUGGCGCGAUGGGCACCGCCGCUUGAAAAAGGAAGACUGUCGACCAUUGUAUUUUCUGGUGCUCAAAUCGGAAACAUACUGGCAAUCCUGUUGAGCGGUAUGAUUAUUGUCUACGUGCCCGGCGGUUGGCCUAACGUGUUCUAUAUAUACGGGUCUUGUUCGAUUAUUUGGUUUUGUGUCUGGUGCAUGGUCGUCUACGACGAUCCGGAGUCGCAUCCGUUCAUUUCGGAGGAAGAACGAGAAUAUCUUAAACAGUCCAUUGGAAACGUGGAAAAAAUUGAAGAUUUAGCGCCUACUCCGUGGAAACGCAUAUUGACGUCCUGGCCCGUUUGGGCGCUAAUCGUAAUAGAAUGUGGACACGAUUGGGCUUUUUACACUAUAAUGACAGAUCUGCCAAAGUACCAAAACGACGUGCUACAUUUUUCCAUAAAACAAAAUGCGUUAUUGUCGUCGAUUCCGUUCAUGGCGCAAUGGAUCACGUCGAUUUCUUCGAGCAUCUUGUGCGAUUGGCUGUUAAAAAAAAACUACAUGUCCGUCACGGCUGUUAGGAAAACUUUUGCUGCCGUCGGUAACAUAUUGCCGGCUUACGGGGUGAUGGCCGCGUCGUUUGUGGGAUGUGACACAGUUGCAACGACGCUUUUCUUCACGCUGGGUAUGUCUAUGAUGGGCUUUAGUUGUUCCAGCAUUAGGAUUAACGCUUUGGACUUGUCGCCAAACUACUCAGCCUCGAUAAUGGCUUUAGUCAACGGUAUUGGAUCUAUGACAGGAAUGAUUUCACCGUACGUUACAGGAGUUCUAACGACACAAAGAACUGUACUAGAAUGGCGUUUAGUGUUUUGGAUAAUGUUGAUCAUAAUGAUGACUUCGACUAUUACCUUUAUAAUUUUUGGAAGUGCCAAGCUCCAACCUUGGAACGAUUCGUACAACAAUUUGGGAAACAAUCUAGACAAUAAACUGAAGACUUUUGGUAAAAUGAACAAUGCACAAAUAACAGAUUAACACACGUCGAUGAAAAUGAAACGUUUAGGUUAACUGUUUAUUUCGAAUGAAUUUUUUUUAGGUAGAUGUUUUUUUAUUGUAUGUAUAUACCUAAAUAUUUUUAAUUUUGUUACUAACCGAAGUGAUUUGUUUUUUUUUAAUA